CGGAUUCCUUGCCGUUAAGGGGGCGCGGUAAUUUAAACGGUUGGCUUUCCUAAUUUCGAUGGGAUUGCGAUUGGAUCCAUUCUAAUAUAAGUACCCGAAUCCAAUGAACCGCGUAAUUUCACCAUUCUUCAGCUUCUUCUCACAGAUCUGAAAUUCCACUCACUAAUCACUAAUCUUUUCUGCAAGAUCGAAAACUACUUUCAUAGUCUCCAGAAUCCAUUGUUGUUCAAUCUUCAAACAGUAUGGCUGAUUACGCGAUGUUGGUUCAACGACAAUACUAUGCUCCACCUUCGUAUUAUCCUCAGCCCGUUAAUGGUGGUUUCGGCAAUGUUUCUCAUCUGGAUAGGCCUCCCCACGGAAAUUAUCGAAGACCCAUGAAUCAGAUUCGCCGCCGCACUCAAGAACCCAGUGGGCAAUUAAGGAACAUCGAUUUUUUAAGGUUUAAUAUCCAAAUUCAGGAUGAGACUGCUAUCAUUAGCCGGAACAAUUUUAACACCAGAUCCUAUGUCGUUGAUGAAACUAUAAUGCUAAAUGGAUUCGGAUCUAUGGAUGAAGAAAACAGGGUGUCUCGAAAUAAGGAUAUGUUGGCGGGAAAGAUUUGGCGCCAUCUCGGUACUAGAAACUAUCAAGCGUCCCUUAAUGCUUGUGGCCAAGAUCCUGGCUUUUGUGUGGUUUGCCAAAGUGAUUUUGCUGACGGUGAAAAGCUGGGGAAGCUGGAAUGUGGGCAUGAAUACCACGCUGAUUGCAUUCAUAAAUGGCUUCUAGAGAAAAACGUCUGCCUUGUUUGCAAACGCACUGCAAUCGCUGAGUUAGGAAGAUGAUUUUUCCUAUGUGUGUUCCAUUUAUUGAUAUUAAUUACACUCUGUAAACUCUGUUUAGAUUAGUGAAUAGUGAGGGGACACGAUUUUCAGUGCCAGGUUGUAUACUUCCCAAAUUGGGGUUUUAUCUUUUUGUUGAAUAUUGUUUAUUUAAUUGAUUCUCUCUUUUCUUUUUCUUUUUUUUUUUGUAUAAUUAAAAUGAUGAAAUUUGAUGGGGAUUGAAGCUUGG